AUGGACAAUUCGAGUAAGCUGCGCAGCCAACUGUGCAAAACAAGCAACCCUCGCGCCAAACCAGGUGUGAACGCCUGGAGGCUACGCAGCAUCAGCAGCGGGGGAAGGAGGAGGGUGAGGGCAAGGGGGAGGAGAAGGGUGGAGAAGGAUGAUGCGGAGGAGGAGGAGGAGGAGGAGGAGGAGGAGGAGGACAAUGCGCAUCGCCCGCACUUACACAUCACCUGCCGCGAACAACUCGAGGCCGUCCACGCGUCGCGCUCAGGCGCACGUGCGUUCCGGCGCCCUGCCAGGAUCUCCUCGGGCGUCCCUCGGCGCCGCCCCCUCGUCGGAGAACUAUCAUGCUCCUCCCUCCGUCCCUCCUCCUCGCUCUGUAUUUAG